UUUUGGAGCAAGCAGAAAGGGUGUUAACGUGCAUGAGCAAGUUGAACUUUAUCUACAAUAACAUGUACUGGAAAUAUAACCCACAGCAUACGUGUUAUGUUUGGAAAAACAGCACCAAUCUAGAUUUCUGAAAUGUGGCUUAGAUUAUUUGUCCAUUAUUUGUUCACGUCUAUUUUUCCUCCCAAGGGAAAAUGGUUAUGGUGUUGUGGACGGAUAAUCAUAUUGAUAUGAUUAUUAGAAAACAUUAAAGAUGAACAGGAAUGGGUAAGCUUGUAAAGUAAAACAUGCCAAAUGAGUGUAUUCGUGGCACAGUGAUUCCCUCUGACAACGUGCAAGCUGCGGACAUACCCGUCCAAAGCCGCUUCAACUUUGCACCUGUAGCAAACUGGACAUGAAGCUGUGGAGGCAGGACGGCUGCAUUUUGUCCUGGUCUGACAUCGAAAAGUAAACGAAACAUUUGUGAACUGUGGAAAGUUCUCCAGCGGCACACCUUGCAGAUAAAGCGGCGGAUACAUGCCGGGGUUUUAAUGCCAAGCUGGGCGACCACCGCGCACCGAGAGGAAAUACAGAAACAUUAACUAAACGCGCACAUACCUUUCUGAUACGUUUUUUUAAGGAAGAGCCCUGUCGUUUUCACGGAGAUGACUACAGCAGUUUAUCUAGAAGGUUUCGGACUGAAUUAUGCCAAGAAAACGGUCGAUUAACAUGUUUCACUGGCAGUUUUGAAACCUAGAGGGAUGUGGCGGAGCACGAAGUGAUCUGCCCUGUGCUGUGCAGGAGAUCUGGCCGCAGGAGGAGCUCAUCUGACGGGAUCGCUCAUGGUCGGCGGUGACAGACAGAUCUUCUCCAGCCGAAGAAACGACACCCCCCCCCCUACAGCGGCAUCAGUUUCUGCAACCGGCAGGAUUUGAGAAAUUAAAAUUCUACAUCGCCUUCCGCUGAUCUUUUUCUUCGUACACUUUAUUCUUCAUAAACAGAUUGUGGAUGAUGGAGGGAUUGGGGAAGUCUCUGCAGGGCAAGUCUGCGGCGUUGGAGCGCAUGGCUGAAGUCCUGGUUACCGGGGAGCAGCUGAGGCUGUGUUUGCAUGAAGGGAAGGUCAUCAAAGACAGGAGGCAUCACCUCCGGACCUAUCCCAACUGCUUCGUGGCCAAGGAGCUCAUUGAUUGGCUUAUAGAACAUAAGGAAGCCCCUGACAGAGCGACCGCUAUUAGAAUCAUGCAGAAGCUUCUGGACCAGAGCAUCAUCCAUCACGUGUGCGAUGAACACAUGGAGUUCAAGGACAUGAAGCUCUUUUACCGUUUCAGGAUAGACGACGGGACCUUCCCGAUGGACAACGAAGCCAAGGUUUUUAUGCGAGGACAGAGGAUUUAUGAGAAACUGAUGAGUACAGAUAACGGCCCCAUGCAGACACGGCACGAGGGAGGGCGGGACUACGACCGCACACUUGUGGCUUCCGAGUUUGUGGAUUGGCUGCUGCAGGAGGGGGAGGUGGCCACCAGAGAGGAGGCGGAGCAGCUGGGUCAGAGGCUGCUGGAACACGGCAUCCUGCAACACGUGACCAAUCAGAGUCCCUUCGUGGAUGGGCAGCUGCUGUUCCAGUUCAGGAUGAACUUCCGUCGACGGCGCCGUCUCAUGGAGCUCCUGACCGACCGCUGCCCCAGCAUCCCGGAGAACCACGACAGCCCCUUCUGCCUGCGCAGACAGAACCCCAACAUCGGCAGUAACAGCUUCCAGUCAGUCAGUCCCAGUAAGGAGGUUAAGAUGGUGUCAGCUGUACGGCGGAGCAGCAUGACCAGCGGCUGUAGCACGAACGGCUUCUACGGCAGCAGCCCCGUUCUGAGCAGCAGCCCCCCAGUGAUGUGCAACCCCAAAUCAGUCCUUAAGAAGAAGGUAACCCCUGAAGAGCUGCUGUCUCCUGGAGGUGCAUACGUCAAGAAGACCUUCACUAUUGUGGGUGAUGCGGUGGGCUGGGGCUUCGUGGUAAGGGGCUGUAAGCCCUGUCACAUCCAGGCCGUGGACCCCGGGGGACCUGCUGCCGCAGCUGGUAUGAAGGUCUGUCAGUUUGUCAUUUCUGUCAACGGACUCAACGUUCUGGCUCUGGACUACAGGACUGUUAGCAAACUCAUCCUGACCGGCCCCCGGACCGUGGUCAUGGAGGUCAUGGAGGAGAAGGAGGCUGACCACUGAGGCCAGGAUACGCGCUCGGCCCCUGCAGGCACACGGGGGAUCCAGUGCAUGGCUCCCUCUGGGUUCCACGUCGGUUUGCUAUUGCCUGUUUCCUUUCUGCAUUGGUCACUUUAUGUGACGGAAACUCCACCCCCAGCGGCAGACCAUGCCUUUGUGUGACUGUCACAACGCGGACCAGGGAAGCAGGAGCGUGGAGACAGAGAAUCGGGAACGGAGGGAUUUAUUAUAAGUCAAUCAUACACAGGACACAUGCAACGUCAAUGACAGGACUAGGGAAACAUACUCGGAACGCGGACUGAAAUAUACACGACUAAUUAACAGCAACAAGAAAUUGCUGGUAAACAUGGGGUAGAUGAGGGGGCGGGGCAUGACAAUGACAAAUGUGACAAACAGGCAACCUACACUAAAUGUUAAAUAAACACGUUCCUUAUAUAGCAGGUGCUGAAGCAGCUAGCUAGCUACAGUCUUCUAACUCUACUUGCAGGCUAUUUAUUUUGUUUGUGAGGCAUCGGGGGGGGGGGGGGACCCCAAAGUGAUCUUUUUGAGUGAGGCCCACAAACAGCCCACCCGCCCCUGUCCCCACCAGAUGAACAAGGGAGUGUUGUGUAUCUUUGAACAAGGGAUAUGAUAUCAUUCGAACACAGGCCAACACGCCGUCAGAUAACCAGGGCUUUUAGGCAUAACUCACAAUGAGUAUUAUUGGUUUUCCAAAGAGAUGCUUUUCAUGGAGUGAUCUGACCCAGUACACAUGCUUGUGUCCCCUUGCCGAAAGAAUCAGAAAGUCCAUACAUCCUUUGUCCUGCCUUCUCUGCAGUCUAAAAAAAUUAUCUGGGAAAUCAGUCCCACAUACUAAAACAGGAAGGCUAAUCGUUGACCGUUUCUGCAGGGAAAUGCUAACUACAACAGCCGGGUUCGGCAACACAUCCGCUUCAGCUGCUGUCAUGCUGCCCCCCUCCUGAAACGUCACCUCCACGUCCCUUUAGAACAGCCCCCCCUAUGCUGCUGCCUUCCGUCAGAGUGGUUUGCUGAUAUGGGGCAUGUAGGCAGCCGAACAGGACAUUACUUGCUUGCAGGUCUGUUAGAGCACCUCCUGAGAGCCAUGGGGGAGUGUGCUGUCUUUGCCCACGUGGAAGCAAAAACUGAAAGCUGGUGUAAGCUUGCUAGCAAGGAGACCAAGUGGAAAAACAUCUUUAUAACUUAAUAGCCGAUGGAUGGAUGGAUGGAUGGUGUAAAAAGUCAUGACUCAGUUAUGCACAGUAGUGCCUGAUGGCAGCAGGUAGGAAAGAUUCCAGAAGCCUUGAGCGCGUUGAGGUGGGAUGAGCCGACAGCUAGAGGGCGCCCUGUGGAAGGGAUGGGCAGAGUAAUAAUAUUUAUUUAAAGCUUAAAUUGUAACAGUCUGACAAGCGAUAAGGAAACGUUUUUAAAAAACAUGCUGCAUCUAAUCCUGCUGGUGUAUUGGAGUUCCCCUGUACGUGGUGGUUUUUAAUGACGUUUUUAAUACUGAUUAGAUAAUGCCAUGUCACAUGACCUCAUUCGGCCAAACACCAAUUGUCGCUUUGAUACUGUGACUGAAAUGUUUUGGGGUUUUUUUUUUUUUACUAUCCAUUGAUAUGUUGAGUUAGGAAUCAACUUAUGGGUGUGAAUUGAUUACAACUAACUACAAGUGCCAUUGAAAGAUUUAAUAAUAAUGAAACCUAAGCACAUUGACCUAGUUUUAUAGUGUUAGCACAUUUUUAUUGAUAGGGGUCAUUUCGUACAUAAACCUGGUGAAUUUAUACUGACAGCUAUUCCCAGUAUUAAAAUACUCACUUUCAUUAAAAUUUCUAAAAUGGAAA